CUGGAAGCCUGGGGCCUCCCUGGGGCGCCCCCGGACCCUCCCCGAGGCCUCUCCGGCGCUUCUAUUGGGUUACCGGGCAGCCCAAGAUGGCGCCAAAACGGCCCAAGAAGCCCCCAAGACGCUCCGUAGCCAUUUUGGCUCAAGCUAUUUUGGUUUCAGUGUUGUCGGCCACGAGCUUUAGUCUUCAGUGCACAGUCGCCUCUCAGCGUAUCGUCUCCAGAGAUGGCCCGUGUCGUCGGACUCAUUUGCCUGUUUCAUUCGUUUACUCCGCUUUUGGCAGAAGAUGGGGCCGUGGUUUUCGUCGUCGAUCCCAGCUGGGACUGCGUGGAGAGCUACGUGGCUCACGUACCUCUGCUGCAGAAGUACAAAAUUGUCAAGGUCAUGACACGUCUUGGGACUGCACCCCCGUGCAAACAGGGCCACGCCGAGAUCUACAGGAACUUCACCUUUAACUCGGCGACGCCGAACGACUCCGCUGCCGCCGAAGGCAUCUGCCCCGAGUUGCUGAGCUUGGGCGUUCCUGUCAGGGCUGUCAUCCCGACGCACGACCCUGCGGUGUACCUGGCGGACCAGCUCGCGGCUUGUGUAGGAGUACGGGGGAACCCGUCCGAGGGGCCUUUGGCGAAGGCCAGACGCGACAAGUGGGUCAUGGGCGAGGCCGUGCGUAAGGCUGGGCUCCGCGCUGUCCACGAGAAGGUCGUCUCCACGUGGAGCGAGGCGAAAGCGUACCUGCAGUCUUUGGAUCCGCCUCUGUCCCCUGCCAACCCUGUCAUCUUCAAGAUCCUCGAGGGGUCUAGCAGCGAGGGCGUGAACAAAGUGUACAGCCUCGAGCAGGCCGAGGGCAUAUUCAGUGCCGAUACCAGCGGCGACAGUCACUUUGGAAGCAGGAUCAAGAAGCUGCUCAUACAGGAGUUCUUGCAAGGCGACGAGUACGUUAUCGACUCUGUCAGUCGCGACGGAGUGCAUAAGGUUGUCACGGUCUGGAACGAAGAGCUCCAUCCAGGGAAUGGUGUCUUAGAUUUGUACUACGGCUUCAAAUCCAUGGAUCCGCAGGACCACAAGAUCCAGGCCAUCAUCGAGUAUGCGAACAAGGUGCUCGAUGCCACUGGUCUUCAGAAUGGUGCCUCGGACAUGGAGGUAUUCUGGCUCGAGAAGGAAGGCAGACCUUGCGUCGUGGAUUUGAACGGUCGCUGGACUGCUCUCAUGUGGCACGACGGCCUGGCCCUCGAGAAGGAGACCGUUGGAAACGACCAGAUCACAGCGACCAUCAACGCGUACCUCGACGGAGACGCCUUCGAGGAAAUGCCGCUUGUCCCGUCUAUGAAGCAGCACGGCGCGAUCAUUUUCACAAUGGCUCGCCAAACAGGCUUUCUCAGGGAUAUUCCAGGGCUGGCAGUGGCGAAGGAGCUGCCUUCGUAUUCGGGUAGCUACAAUGAUGGAAUGUUCGUGGGCACGUUGAUUGACAAGCUCCCCACCAGUCACCCUUGCCUCUUCAUCCUGCUCGCUCACAGGGAGAAGGCCGUGGUGGAUGAAGACUACGAUCGCAUCAUCGGCCUGGAGAAUUCGGGCGCUUGGUUUGACAUCAGGCAGUUGCCAGGGAACACGUCGCUCACAGCGUUGCGAUCAAACUUCGACGGUUUGCCAGGCCAGCGGCUGCCAGCGAUUGCUGCGUUAGCGAUGCUCGCAGUUGCAGCCGUGUUCGCCCUCGUCGCAAUGUCGAUGCAGAAGGUCCGAGAUGGCACAGAGUAUCUGGCAAUUUGAUGGACACUCGCUGUUUUCUUGGGACAGGGCACAGAAGAGUGAACCAUUGUAGUUUGUCGCGUCGGAGUGCCGAGUGCAUGUUUGCCUACAGGGGUUCACUCGAGAAUAGUUGGUCUGACACAGGCUGACUCUUCGUCGUGCUUCGCAUUUCUGUUCUGUCUGGGAGUCUGCAUGAGUCUCUGGCACAGACUACAUUUUCAGGCUUGCGUGGAAGGUUCCCGAAUCGAGCAAAACAAUCCGUCCAUUGGCGGAACUCCGGAUUAGAAAAUUUUCACCAAGAACUCUCGGAUCUCCGCGCGGAUGUCUCGCUUUGACGAUGGACACGCCCUCUCUGGCGCGCGGAGCGCACCAGGGGCGGUGCCGCAGGCGCCGCCAGACCUUCGAAGGUUCGGCUGGAAGCCUUUCUGUUGUUCUCUUCUCAAUGGUGCCCUGUUUGGGAGGCAACCUCAAUUUUCAGGACGGCCUGGGCAGUUUCCAGCCAGGGCCAGCACAGUCUGCUAUGCGCCUACCGACUUGUCGAUCCGAGCGCACGCGAUGCAAUUGGUGUGGAGCACAGCCACUCGUCGCUAGGUAUUGACAUGUUAUCGCAUCUUGAAGUCCCCUUAUCGAGCGGUAACAA